AGGCGCGUUGGAGGGUAGCAUGGAAAAUGAAUUCCAUGAAAAUUCUUGCCCAUCAAACACUCAAAUGUGGAAGAUGCAAAUUAAUUUCCAUUGUCCAUGGAAAUUCUUGCCUAUCAAACAGAGUCAGGAUUUAUGGUGGGAACUGGAAAUUGAAUACAAGCAUAUUCGGUUGAGAUAUUCCCUAGUGGGCUUUUGAGAGCAAAACAAAAUCACUUGAUAUUAUAGUACACCACUUGUCUGAUGAUUCAUUAAUUAAAUCAUCCUAACAUACCAACUUGAUUACUCUAAGGUCUACGUUCAACCAACCUUCCCUAUAAUUUGAGAUGUUCAUAUGACUAAUUCUCAUCAAUCUUACUCUCUCUCUCUCUGAAACUAACAAUAUUUUGAUUACAACUAAGAGACACAUCUGAUACACAUUUCCUCUCUAUAAACUCUCUAUCUGAUCAGCAUUUUGUCCAAACCAACAAUACUUGAUGGGUUUCUCUUACGAAAAUCUGUCACUUCUAGUCACAAGCCCAGAUCUCCUUUCCCAUCUGCAAGAUUUAAAGCUUGAUGGAGGAGAAAAACUUGUUAACUUUCAAUGGUUAGGGCCAUACUUUUUAGCUUUUCUCAAAUAUGCAAAAGAACUGCACGAGGAUUUCAUAAUACCCGAAGGGAAUGACUUCAGCCCGAGAUUUAUUGAUCUGAUGAAGUGUCUUGAUGAUGCAGCCUCCAACUGCAUCUUAUAUGGAGAGACCGAACAUUACAAAAACUUUUUAGAAAUCAUUCUCUCUUUCAUGCCAUACAUUAAGAAGCUUUUCACUCUUCAAAACAUGCAAGAAUUUGAAUGUUAUUAUGGCGAUCCACAUUAUGAGCCUCGGGAAAGCUUUAUCAACUUUCUUUAUGAAACUAUUGGAGAAUUGCUUAAUUGCGAAACAUAUUCCAGUGUUCUUGUGAGUAAUAAAGUCAAAGUUCUUUGGAAGGAGCUGAAAUUUCUGCUCACUUUUUUGUUGAUACAAUGCAAUAUAAAUCCAAAAUGGAACAGCAACAGAUCGAGCAGAUGUUUAAAGGGAAUAUAAUCACAGAAAUUGAACAUGUAUACGACACAGUAGGGGUUUUCUUGCAUAAGUUUUUUUUCACCACAGACCAUGUUACCACUACCGAAAUGGAUGAGCCAAUUUUUCUUCUGUUAGAAAGGAUUGCGUCUGUGCAAAACGAGAUAAAAAAUCACCGCAUUGAAGUCCUAAUGAAGCUGAAUUCUGGAAUUGGAAGCCUACAAGUUGCAGAAAGUCAAAGUGAAGUAUCAUCAUCCCAACAUAAAAACAUUCCUAUGGCAGAACAGAUGAUUGUGGGCUUCGAGGACGUGACAACACAAAUUGCAAGUAAGAUUCUUGGAGGACCAAGCUACCGCCAGAUUAUUUCCAUCGUUGGAAUGGGUGGUCUUGGCAAGACAUCUUUAGCAAAGAAAGUGUACAAUGAUUCCAACGUUCGGAACUAUUUUGAUAUGCUUUCUUGGUGUGUUGUUUCUCAAACUUACACAAAGAGAAAGCUGUUGAUUGACAUUUUGAGCUCUGGAAGUAACCUUCACAGAGAUGAAAUUUCAAAAAUGGAAGACGAAGAAUUGGCCGAACGUCUUUACAAAAAUUUAAAGGGGAGAAGAUACCUCAUUGUUAUAGACGAUCUGUGGGAUAAAGAAGCGUGGGAUGAUUUGAAAAGGUUAUUUCCUGAGGACAAAAAUGGAAGCAGAGUAUUGUUCACCAGUCGGCAGAAAAAUGUGGCAUUGGAAAUUUCACAAGUUGUUCUUGAACCUCCUCUCAUGUCACCAGGUGAAAGUUGGAAUUUAUUAGAGCAGAAUCUGUUCAAGAGUGACCGUUGCCCUCAAGAACUGCAAGCUAUUGGAAAGCAAAUUGCAACAAAUUGUCAUGGACUUCCGCUUUCGGUUGUCACGAUAGCUGGAGUUCUUUCAAACAUGGAGAAGAAAGAAAGCUCAUGGCAAGAUGUUCUUCUAAUAAAUCAAUCUGUCGUGCAAUCAAAAGAGUGGGGGACCUUCUUUGCGGAAGGAGUCGAAAUGAGUUGUGGGAACCUGGGAACCAAUAAGAGUAUAUCCUGCGAUUUACCUCCCUGA